AUCAGAGUGGGCAGGAAGCAGGUCCGCUAUCACGUUGAGGUCUGUGUGAAGCGAGGUGUCAGUAGUAGUGACAGGACGGAGUCGGGCUGUGUAUACAUUUCUUGAGUGGUCACCAGCCGGAAGUACCGGGACUGCACCGGAAACAGCGGAGCUGCUGAGAAUUGAUGAGAACGGAGCGAUUUUGUUUGAACCUGAUGAAGACUUCUGAUUAAUGCAAUGCCCAAUCAGAGUAAAGAAUUCCAACAAGAUCUUUUAUUGCCGGGACAUCGUAUUCCUACGAAGACACCAGAGGAUCUACCGACUGGUGUACAACUCCAGUCUACAGGAUUCUUACCUGGCCAGCAUCAUGUCUCCUCUGACAUUCUUAGCACCACUCUUCAUUUCAGACAAGGUGAUUCUGUGCCCCAGAAGUACAAUACUAGUCAGGUGUCAUCACAAAUUCUGAUGCCUGGCUUGCUAGAAUCUGAUAGCAUUGUGGAACCUCUCUUGGUAGAGGCGGCUAAUGUAUCGCUGUCCAAUCCAGAAAAUCAUGCAAGCAAUGUAUGCUCUACAACUCAUAGGACUUCUACCACAGAUAGAAACUGUUUGCCCCUCCAGACUGGAGAUUCACAACAGCAAUUUGCUACAUACGAGACUCUUACUGAUUUUACUCCAAGACCUCUUCAAACUGAGGACCACCAGAAUCAUCAUCGGCUCGAGGAUUCUACCAGCAUUCUACCAGAUGACCUGGAGCUUGGCAAUGACUCAAGCAGCAAUGAACUGGAUGAAAAUGGAAUGGAGUCUGAAUUAAAAGAUGACUCUGGAUUUCAGCCCCCUACCUGCAGUUCCAGAGCGUUCUCUUUAAUGAUGGCAGACUCUGAACAUAACCCAUCCACUAGUGGCUACAGCAGUGAACAGCCAGCUAAAGUUAAAACCCAAAAGGAAUUGAUGAAAAUACUGAAGGAGCUUCGCUCCUAUCUCCCUCCCGAAAAGAAGUUCCGGGGAAAGUUCAGCACUGCUGCCUCUCUCCGCUAUGCUUUGCAUUGUAUCCAGCAGGUGAAAGCCAAUGAAGACUAUUACCAGCUUUUAAUGAUUAAUAAUAAUCAACCAUGUGGGCAGGAUCUCUCAUGCUACACAGUGGAGGAGAUCGCAAAUCUUACCUCUGAGUAUACAAAGAACAAUAUGGAUGUAUUCGCUGCGGCGGUGUCAUUAGUAACUGGGCGGAUCCUCUAUAUUUCGGAGCAGGCCUCAGUUGUGCUUCGCUGUAAUGCAGAUCUGUUCUCGAAUGUUCGCUUUGUGGAGCUCCUGGCCCCACAGGAUGUCAAUGUAUUCUACAGCUCCACUAAUCCAUACAGGCUUCCAUCAUGGAGUAUCUGCAAUGGAGGCGAUUUAGGAUAUCUUGAUGGCUUAGAAGAAAAAUCAUUUUACUGUCGGAUCAGUUGUGGACAAUGGUCACGGCGGGAAGUAUCUUACCAUCCCUUUCGCCUUACCCCAUACCUGAUCCGUAUACAGACAGAGACUGAUGGGGGCACCGCAGAGCAGCUGUGCUGCAUACUGUUUGCAGAACGAGUACGCUCAGGAUAUGAAGCUCCUCGGAUCCUUGCAGAUAAACGCAUUUUCACAACGACACACACUCCAAGCUGCAUUUUCCAGGAUGUGGAUGAGAGGGCUGUUCCGUUGUUGGGUUACCUGCCCCAGGAUUUGAUUGGCAGUCCCAUAUUUCUGCACCUUCAUCCCAGUGACCGCCCACUCAUGUUGGCUGUACACAAGAAGAUUCUGCAGUAUGGAGGGCAGCCUUUUGACUUCUCCCCAAUCCGGUUCUGUGCCCGCAAUGGGGAAUAUAUCACAGUCGAUACCAGCUGGUCCAGUUUUAUCAACCCUUGGAGUCGAAAAGUAUCUUUCAUCAUUGGCAGGCACAAAGUCAGGAUGGGCCCUGUUAAUGAAGACCUUUUUACUGCACCACCACGCUUAGAAGAAAAGUCACUGCAACCUGGAAUUCAAGAGCUUACAGAGCAAAUACAUCAGCUUCUCAUGCAGCCUGUCCAUAACGGCGGCUCCAGUGGAUAUGGAAGUUUGGGCAGCCAUGGUUCGCAUGAAAACCCGAUGAGUGGAGCCUCGUCCAGUGACGGCAAUGGGAACCUUAAUGACGAUGUGAAAGAGAAACAGGGAACUCCACCUGUGUGUGGACGAAAGGGACCGCAGGCAUCUACCAGCCUAGAAACAAAAGAUCACCGUAAUUUGAAGAUCACCCCUGAAACAUGUGUCACGGAUAAAGUGAACAGGUGCAGUAAAGAUGUCAAUGGCAAGGGCUCAGGAAUGGCUGCCUGCCCUCUACAGUGUGACCCGCUACCAGCAAAACCGCCUCCGUACUCUUACCAGCAAAUCAACUGCUUGGACAGUGUCAUUAGAUACCUAGAAAGCUGCAGUGUUCUAGCUUCUGAAAGAAAAAAAAUUGUCUCGCCUGGGAGCAUGGAAUACUUUGCUUCUAACAAUCAAUUUCAAAUGCAAGACCAAAGAGAUUCUACUGCAGGUUCAGUAGUUAACCCUAAAACUGGAGUGGCAAGCACUGCUCGCUGUCUGCAGUCAUCUCUCCCUGGAUCUGCAAUCACUUGCAAGACUGUACCAGGUUCUUUACCACAUCUGUCUCUCACUUCCUUGCCUGUUUCUGGUGCUGCCAUUACGCAACUUUCUAUGGGUGCCAAGGCAAAGAGUGUGGUAUCCUUAACCAGUCACUGCAGCUACAGCAGCACAAUCGUACAUGUGGGGGACAAGAAGCUGCAUCCAGAGACAGAAUUAGAGGAUGGGCCGUUGUAUUCUGAGGUUCUGCCACCUGCACCAGCUAGCACAGAGAAAGAGCCUUAUAAAUGGCUUGGACUAACAAAGGAAGUUCUGGUGGCACACACGCAGAAAGAAGAGAAUGACUUCCUCAGUGGCUUCAUGGAUAGCAAGAAGCUGAGUGCCUUCAAGACUAGAUGUAAUAGCUACAUGCAUGACCGUCCAGGAGCAAAUACUGCCGUCCGGAGAAGUGGCAAGGCACGAAAGGCUAAAGUAAAACGCGUGCGACCAGAAUCAUGGGACAGCAGCAGCUCUGGUGUCCCUCAAGCCCAUCGCCCCCCUCUUCCCGGGCUCAACACUACAGCUUGGUCCCAGUCUGAUACCUCACAUGCCAGCUAUCAUCCCCUAUCGUAUCCUAUGUUGCCUGCUUAUCCAUUGCCUGUUUUUCCUCCUCCCCAAAUCUCAGUGCCAAAUGAAAUCAUUCAUGGUGGCCUCUCCACCACGCUCCCUAUGCAGCCUUUCCCGACUCCAUUGCUUUCCCCCAUGGUUGCUGUUGUCCUGCCUAAUUAUAUAUAUCCACCUGGAAUGGCACCCAGUGUCUUUCCUGGAACAGCACCUCAGCAUCCAUUCCCUGUUCAACCAUCAUUAUUUGCUCCACAACCAGCAAUGACUCCUUCAAAUGCUACCUUCCCUGUUCCACUGCAUACUUUCCCUGUUCCACCCCCAGUAUGUCCACCUGCACCGCAUGUUUUCCCUGUUCCUGCACCAUCCUCGGUUCUUUUGUCUGCGCAGAGCCCUUGUUCUGUGCAGCCAUUCUCAUACCCAGUUCCUCCAAAUGAACCAAAGAUGAGGAAAGGCUUCUCCCGCUCCUCCACCCCACAAGAUCCGCAAUCUUCUCCUCUGUUCCAGUCUCGGUGCAGCUCACCCCUACAACUAAACCUGUUGCAGCUGGAAGAGUCCCAGAAGACUGACCGGUCAGAGGGAGGCACAGGGGGUGCUGUAAACUGUACAUUCAUGCCACAGACCCAUGAAGAUCCUGAACUGCAAGCAAGAUCUCCUGCGGAUGCUCACAACAGUGAUGCAUUGUCCACCGGCAGUGACUUAAUGGAUAUAUUGCUGCAGGAAGAUGCUUUGUCUGCAACUUGUUCUGCCUCCUCUGAGGCAUCAGAGUGCCUCACCUCUGGAUCUAAUGGAAAUGGUACAUCUGGCAGUCAAACAGGAAGCAGUCAGACAAGCCGCAGCAGCAAGUACUUUGGCAGUGUGGAUUCCUCAGAGAACAAUCAGAAAGGGAGAGGGGCAACCCCAUCAACUGGGGAGUCUGUUAUGAAGUAUGUCCUGCAAGACCCCAUGUGGUUGCUAAUGGCAAAUGCAGAUGAGAAUGUCAUGAUGACUUACCAAAUACCUCAACGUGACAUUGAUUCAGUCUUGCGAGAGGAUAGGAAAAAGCUGAAAUCUAUGCAGAAACUUCAGCCACGCUUUACAGAAGAUCAGCGCAAGGAAUUGGGAGAGAUCCAUCCGUGGAUACAAAGGGGAGGACUUCCGUGGGCAGUAGAGGGUUGUGUUUUCUGCAAGGAGAAGGGUGUAGAUUGUUCAGAGUACUCAGGAACUAUACAGGAGCUGGAGCUCAGUGGAAUCAUGGAAUCGUGUGAUUAAUGCUGCAUAUCGUUAUGUAAUGACCUCAAAUACAACUGGCAUAUUAAUUCAAUUACCUGGCCUGUUUGUCAAAGCUGCGAUUGCGUGGUCAUCGAUCUCCCGCCAGCUCCCAAGCUGAGAUCUGCCAUUGCAUCUCUACAGCUCCACGUAGUCCUUUUCUUGCCAGAAAUCUUGGUACCUACGGGGUAUUUUUUAAACCCUGAAACCAAGCUUGGUUCCAGUUUUUAUCAGGUUUGCAGUAUACAGUAAAUGCUGAUAUAUGUUGUACAGUUUUAUUUAUUAAAAUAUGAAGGAUUUUUCUAUCUACUCAUCUGGUCUCCCCAGUCUGUAAUGAAACACUGGACUACUGUGUGUAAAUGUCUUUACCCAGUAGAAAUAGACCUGUUUUAUGAUCAUGUAUAAGCUACUUUCUAAAACACCUUUUUUUAAAUGUUUGAUAAAUACAGUCUUUGUAUGCUUUUGGAAACAAAAUGCUAUCUUUGAGCAAUGCAGUCUUUGAAAAAGGUUUUUUAAAAGGUGUGUUUGUUUGUUUUUUUUGUUUUUUUUAUUCCUUCAAAUACAUUUAUUCCUUUUUUAACCAGUGAAAUGUGAUUGGAACAUAAAGCACUGUCACCUUACUUGCCUAUGCUCAUCCCAACAUUGGAUGUAUUCAUCACUAAAAUCUUUACAGCUUCUGGUGUUCUAAAUUUCAGCCUGCACCAAUUCCGCCCAAUACUGAACAAAGCAUCUACAGGCUGUAUAGUCACUGAAUGAAGCAGUCUGUCAGAUUUCUAGUAAUUGAAUGGAGCACCAACUUCCGAUCUUUUCCAUUACUGAACGGAACACCAUAUACAUGCUUUCCAGUUACAGAAUGACGCACCCACUGCAUAAUUAUCCACUAAUAAACAGAGCCUCCUCUACGUCCUUUUCAAUUAUCGAAUGGAGCACCAUCUACAGGCUUUCCAAUGACUGAACAGAACACUAGCUACAUGCUUUUCCGUUAUUAAAUGGAGCACCAUCUGCAUAAUUGUUACUGAAUGGAGUACCUUCUAAGUGAUUAACAGUUACUGAAUGGAGCGCCAUCAGCAGGCUUUCUUAUAAUUAAAGUUCUAAGAGACAUGGUUAUAAAUUCAAUGUCAUAAUAUGCAGUCCAAUUGUUGAGUUAUGGAUGGGUACUCUGCACAGAUUUCUACACCUGUAAAUGCUAUAGAUGCAAUGCUGUGUGGUCUUAGGUUAGCAAAAAGACUAUUUCAUAAUAUGAAGGGGCUGUGCUAUCAGUUGAGGCAGGACUCCAUGCACCUUAGUUACUGUACAGCAGCUACCAAGUUUGCCUCAUCUUCAUAGCUGCCUCUCCAUAGUCCCAAAGACUUUGUGUAAGUUGUGUGUGUGAAAGUGCAAACCACUGUGCCUGUCUGAAAAUCAUGUACAUUGAUUUUGUGUAUUGUGUUCAGAGAUGGUGAUGUCUUUGUAGCAGAAUGAAUAUACAGCACUGCAGUGUGGAAACAUGGAUGAGAAGAUGUGACAAGUGUUAUUGUAUCAUCGGAUACACCAGGUGUCUUCCACCGCAUUCAGUGAUGUGUACAUGAUAUGAUAUGAUAUGAGUGGAGUCUCCUGUCCAAGGAUGUAAACAGAUGUAGCUUGGACUCUGCACCUGUAUUUUCUAUUACCAGCUAUAAAAAAACGCAAAAGAGCGUGCAAAGCCACCCUAGUGUAAAUCAUCUUUAAUAUGGUAAAGUAUAAAAAAACUACAAUGGUCAAACUUGCAUUGUGUGAAGAUGCAGCAUAAGGAUUCCACUGUGGCUACACUCCUAAAACCACUUCAAGAUCCGACAGGAGAAGGGGGAGCCGUGGACGUUCAACCUAGCUGCCUGGGUCCUGGCAGCACAUCCAGGCUAUCCACCACCACGCUCGAUGCACAGAUCCUAAUGCACAUGCACCCUUUGACUAGUCUAAUUAUCACCAAUAGCCAGCUGGAGGGCUAUACUAAACUGUUGAUCAGUGCACCUGCUAGUUUUUUCUUGUGUGUAUUUUUUUAUUCCAUUACCAUCGACUGUUACACCAUGUGACCAAAUCUUACAAUGUCAUUGGUUAUAUUCUGUUUGUCCCUGACCUUGUUAUGGCUUGUCUGUUACUUGGUAGAGAAAUGCCAGUAAAAUAACAUUCUAUUUUUUAA